AAGAAGAAGACCUCAGCAAAGCCUAAGGUGCCAGCUGCUCACCCGAAAUAUGUAGAUAUGAUCAAGGCUGCAGUCGCUUCCUUGAAGGAAAGGGGCGGCUCCUCCAGACAAGCCAUUUUGAAGUACGUCAUGGCAAACUACAAAGUCGGCACAGACCUGAAAGCAGUUAACUCCAGAAUAAAGAACGCUUUGAAAAACGGCGUCAAAGCUGGUACCCUGAAGCAGUCGAAAGGCACUGGGGCUGCCGGUUCCUUCAAACUCGGUGAAAGCAAAAGCGAGAAACCCAGCAAGGUGAAAAAAGUCGCCGCCAAGAAG